AUGUUGUCACAACUAUUAGCACUACUAAUACUUGCAUUUUCUGUUUUAUGUCUGACAUAUUUCGAUGUAUCAGAUGGAGAUAGCUAUAUACUCAACGUAUUACAGGAUGAGGAUAGGGAAAUGAAAAUUGAAAACAUCUUGAGAAACCCUUUAAAGUACAAGGACUUUCCACCAUUGGUCAGUUCACCAAAGAAGACUCAAAGGACGUUGGAACAGGGUCACAUUCCUCAAUAUGUAAUAGACUACGCGCCAAUGGUGCAUUUGUACAGUGAAGAAAGAUAUCUCCCUUAUGAUAUCGGCGAGUACGUUACAAACUUUCAUGUGACGUUUGAAAAUGGUUCGGUGUACCCGGGCACCGAGGAGGACAUGAAUUUGGACAAAUUAUCCAAACUCAAACAUUCUUGUGACUUGUUUUUGACGUCAAACUCCGAUUUCGACAAAGAUCCCGACUGGAUUACUGGAGUCAAAAAUAAGCCUAGCUUAAUCAACGGAGAAAUCAAGAAUGCUCCUGCAACUUUAAUAGUUGUCGACAAAGGUUUUGGUUGGGUUGAUGCAUACUGGUUUUACUUUUAUUCGUUCAAUUUGGGUCCCUUUGUGAUGGGUCAAGGACCAUAUGGCAACCAUGUAGGAGAUUGGGAACAUUCAUUGGUGAGGUUCUACAAAGGGGAACCAGUCAUUGUCUGGAUGUCAGCACAUGGUGGUGGAGGUGCAUUUUAUUACCACAAUUUAGAAAAAUACGCAUUAGACCCAAGACAUCCAGUCAUUUUCAGUGCUAGAGGUACACACGCCAACUAUCCAAGUGUUGGUCAACAUCCACAUGAUUUGCCUUAUGACAUACUAAGUGACUUUACUGACCGUGGCCCAUUGUGGAAUCCAUCUAGAAACUAUCUUGGAUAUACCUACGAUGGAAAGCAUAUUUUUCCCUCGACAAACAACUCAAACCCCAAACACGUAGGACGUGAAUGGAGCUACGGAAAUUGGUUAUCAUUUAAAGGACACUGGGGCGACCAACAACUUGCAGAUGAUGACAAGAGACAAACUUAUUCAUUCAUUGGUGGGCACAAAUACAUCAAUGGUCCAACAGGCCCUCUUAUGAAGAAUUUACUUAGGGUAGUACCCUGCGAACGUGCCAAAUGGUGGAAUUUCUGGAGCGGAUGCAAUGUCAGACAAAAUAUCAAAUGGGGUGUAGGAAUAGAAAGUGAGGGAUACAACUGUGGUAACCUAUUUGUCAAGGUUCGUCCUAGAUGGUUAAAGACAAUUUUGCAAAAGGUUACAUGGGGUGGUGGUUUCUGCUAUAUUGUGGACUUGUUGUAUGGCUGA